AUGAACCAAGAGAGAAUUAAUGUUGCAAGUGUUGAAUCUAGUGCGGAAAACAUAGAUCGUGACCUGGGAAAGCGGAGACCUAUUGUUGAGUAUGAAGUCCAAGAUAGGGACCGCAUUCGAAGAGAAUACAUCUCGAAGGGACCUUUCCAACCAAAAGGCCAUGUCUUUAAGAAAAGCUCAUUUGGUAAGGAGAAAAGGAGUUUCCAAUGUAAAUGGCCUAUUAAUGACAAUCGGUUUGGCGAUGAUGCAUUUGUGAGCGCGGGGUGUAAAAAUUGGAAAAAGGCUCUUGCUAUUUUUAGAGAACAUGAGGGUUCAGUUAAUAGCACACAUGAUCAGUUAAUACCGUUUGAUUGA